GGAAAAACUUACAAAAUACAGCAUUGAGUAUUCAAGUUUCAGAGGUGAUUGGGAUUAUAAAAGCCAGUUUGAGAGAAAACAGGGAUCUCAGGAAGGACAUUUCAGUCAUAUGAUUUUUACUCCUGAAGACAUGCCCACUUUCAGUAACCAGCAUCAGACCAUUCACACUGAUGAGAAACUCCUUGAAUGUAAGGAAUGUGGGAAAGAUUUUAGUUUCGUAUCAGUCCUUAUACGACAUCAGCGAAUUCACACUGGUGAAAAACCUUAUGAAUGUAAAGAGUGUGGCAAGGCCUUUGGUAGUGGUGCAAAUCUUGCAUAUCAUCAAAGAAUUCACACUGGUGAGAAGCCUUAUGAGUGUAAGGAAUGUGGAAAGGCCUUUGGUAGCGGCUCAAACCUUACUCACCACCAAAGAAUUCAUACCGGUGAGAAACCGUAUGAAUGUAAGGAGUGUGGGAAAGCCUUUAGUUUUGGAUCGGGCCUUAUUCGACAUCAAAUCAUUCACAGUGGUGAAAAGCCUUAUGAGUGUAAAGAAUGUGGGAAGUCCUUUAGUUUCGAAUCAGCCCUCACUCGACAUCACAGAAUUCACACAGGUGAGAAACCUUAUGAAUGUAAGGAUUGUGGGAAAGCCUUUGGCAGUGGUUCAAACCUUACUCAGCAUCAGAGAAUCCAUACUGGGGAGAAACCUUAUGAAUGUAAAGCAUGUGGAAUGGCAUUUAGUAGUGGUUCUGCACUCACACGGCAUCAGAGGAUUCAUACAGGUGAGAAACCAUACAUAUGUAAUGAGUGUGGGAAGGCCUUUAGUUUUGGAUCAGCCCUUACUCGACAUCAAAGAAUUCACACUGGUGAGAAACCUUAUGUAUGUAAGGAAUGUGGAAAGGCUUUUAAUAGUGGCUCAGAUCUCACUCAACACCAGAGAAUCCACACUGGUGAGAAACCCUAUGAGUGUAAAGAAUGUGAGAAAGCUUUUAGAAGUGGUUCAAAACUUAUUCAGCAUCAAAGAAUGCAUACGGGGGAGAAGCCCUAUGAAUGUAAGGAAUGUGGCAAAGCCUUCAGUAGUGGUUCAGAUCUUACUCAACAUCAGCGAAUUCAUACUGGUGAGAAACCAUAUGAAUGUAAAGCAUGUGGGAAGGCUUUUGGUAGUGGCUCAAAACUUAUUCAACACCAGCUAAUUCAUACUGGGGAAAAACCUUAUGAAUGUAAAGAAUGUGGAAAGUCCUUUGGUAGUGGCUCAGCUCUUAAUAGACACCAAAGAAUACAUACUGGUGAGAAACCUUAUGCAUGUAAGGAAUGUGGGAAGGCUUUCCGUAGUGGCUCCAGCCUUUGUCAACACCAGAGAAUUCACACUGGUGAAAAACCCUAUAAAUGUAAGGAAUGUGGGAAAGCUUUCAGACGAGCUUCACACCUAACUCAACAUCAGAGUAUUCAUACUGGUGAAAAACCCUACGAAUGUAAGCAAUGUGGAAAGGCCUUUAGUCGUGAUUCUCAGCUCAGUCUUCAUCAGAGACUUCAUACUGGUGAGAAACCUUAUGCAUGCAAGGAAUGUGGGAAGGCCUUUACUCAAAGCUCACAACUUAUUUUACAUCAUAGAAUUCAUACUGGUGAAAAACCAUAUAAAUGUGAAGAAUGUGGGAAAGCCUUUAUUCGUAGCUCACAACUCACCAGACACCAGAAAGUCCAUACUGGUGAGAAACCUUACGAAUGUAAAGAAUGUGGGAAGGCCUUUACUCAGAAUUCACAACUUACUCUGCACCAGAGACUUCAUACUGGUGAGAAGCUCUAUGAAUGUAAAGAGUGUAGAAAGGUCUUUACUCAGCUCUCACAACUUAUUCUACAUAGAAGAAUUCAUACAGGUGAGAAACCCUAUGAAUGUAAGGAAUGUGGGAAAGCUUUUAUUUGUGGUUCACAGCUUUCCCAGCAUCAGAAAAUUCAUAAUGGGGAAAAGCCAUAUGAAUGUAAGGAAUGUGGAAAGGCCUUUAUUCGGGGCUCGCUACUUAUGCAACAUCAAAGGAUUCAUACUGGGGAAAAACCUUAUAAAUGUGAAGAAUGUGGGAAGGCCUUUAUCCGAGGUUCACAGCUUACUCAACACCAGAGAAUUCAUACUAAUGAAAAGCCCUAUGAAUGUAAGGAAUGUGGAAAGACCUUUAGUCAUGGCUCACAACUUACUCAACAUCAGCGAAUUCAUACUGGUGAGAAACCCUAUCAAUGCAAGGAAUGUGGAAAGGCUUUUAAUCGUGGCUCACUCCUUACUCGACAUCAAAGGAUUCAUACUGGUGAAAAACCUUAUGAAUGUAAAGAGUGUGGAAAAAACUUUAGUCGUGGCUCAGAACUUACUCAACAUGAGAGAAUUCACACUGGUGAGAAACCCUAUGAAUGUAAGGAAUGUGGAAAAUCUUUUAUUCGUGGCUCACAACUUACUCAGCAUCAAAGAAUCCAUACUGGUGAAAAACCUUAUGAAUGUAAAGAAUGCAGAAUGGCCUUUACUCAGAGUUCACAUCUUUCGCAACAUCAGAGACUUCAUACUGGUGAGAAACCCUAUGUAUGUAAUGAAUGUGGGAAAGCCUUUGCUCGUGGCUUAUUGCUUAUACAACAUCAGAGAAUUCACACUGGUGAGAAACCCUAUCAGUGUAAGGAAUGUGGGAAGGCCUUUAUUCGUGGUUCACAGCUUACUCAACAUCAGCGGAUUCACACUGGAGAAAAACCCUAUGAGUGCAAGGAAUGUGGGAAAGCCUUUAGUCAUGGCUCUCAACUUACUCUACAUCAAAGAAUCCAUACUGGUGAGAAGCCCUAUGAAUGCAAAGAAUGUAGGAAAGCCUUUACUCAGAGCUCACAUCUUUCUCGACAUCAGAGAAUUCAUACUGGUGAGAAACCCUAUCAAUGUAAAGAAUGUGGAAAGUCCUUUACUCGUGGUUCACAACUAACUCAACAUCAGAAAAUUCAUGUCAAUGAAAAAUCAUUUGAUUAUAAGGAGUGUGGAAUAGACUUUAGUCAUGAUUCACAAGUUUUUAUAUGAAUUAUCUUAUUCUUUGUGGUCUCACACAUAGCAUUAUCUGGUUAUCCAUUAUUAGUACAGAGUCUUAAAAAUGUGAAUUGGGGACAGAUUUGUCUCAUAAAGUUCAGCAUUGAAAAAUUUAGAUGGGGCAAUGAAAAUGUUAAUGUGGUCUAUGUAGAAAAUAAACUUUUAUUAUUAGAACCCUAUUAAACAUUAGCAAAUUAAAAUAGAAAAUAAUUCUUUUAAUGUAGUAAGUGUAGGAAAGUCUUUAACCAUAGAAAAUAUCUUUUUCAAUAUACUCUUGGCUCUGCCCAUUUAUUUCCUUUAUGACAUUUGUCAUAAGAUACCAUUACUUUGAUUUAAUUGUUUGUAAGGUAGACCUAGGAAUAAUACAUUUUUGUAAGAUUCUUGAAAGUAUUAUGUGUUAUUACAUGUAAAAGCUCUUAGAACAGUGCCUUGAACAUAGCAUAUCAUGAAUUUUAGGUACUAUUUUCAUUUUUCUUAUUUUAGAAGAUUUGCAUGAGAGGAGGGCACUUAUGAGUGUUGUUAGUAUCAAGAAAUAUUUCAUUAACAUUUAUCCCAGGUUAUUUGGGGGGUGGCACUACAUGCUGUCAUGAGACAACUUUUGUUCAAUAUUGUAAGAGAAAAUUCAUACUGUAAAGAAGCCGUGUAGUAUCAAUGGGUUAUUAAGAAAAACUGUUACAGAAUUUAGGACAAGCGUGAAGUGAUUUGUUAUAGAGUCUACAUAUUUGCAUCUUUCACCAUCUCUGACAAUUCAAGAAUAUUAUUUAGAAAUGAAAAAAAAUAGCCAGAAUAAAUCUACUAGGAAAAUUUUUUUAAAAACUUGAAUGUACUUUUCAGUUAAACUGAAAAUAAAGAUUAACAUGCACAGACUAUGUUGAAACAGAAAAAAAGACGAGUUUGCAUUAGAGACUAUUUCCCUACCCAAUAUCCAUUUUUCUCUUUAAUAAUAAAUCCUGGGCUAAAACACUAUCUUAGUCUCCCUUUCAAGUCAGCAAUAUGGAAGUGGUCUUUGUGUCUAGGAUAUUUAUGAAAUUCUUUUUUCCUCUCUGUUUCUUCUUUUUCCUCCCUACAAAAUAGACAUCUAAGCUGAACUUCUGUCAGUCUCAUGGGGACUUUGAGGAUAUCUGGGUGUUAUGAAUGUUGGAUCAAAAAUACUGAAGGAGACCAAAACCCUGAUGAUUUUGUGGAACAGUCACACCUUCUCUGGUCUGCCUGUCUCCCAUGAUUCUUUAUAUAAAAUUAAUGCAAACCUCUUA